CGGGAACUUCAUAGUCGUUUGAUUGUUCUACCGAGCAUCCUAGGCUAGACCAUUAAUUAAUAAUUAUCUUAUGCUUGUAGGCCUAACUGUAACUUCAAACUGUAUUUUACAGUAAGACACAAUGCAGAAAGUUCUAAGUUUUCAAACUUUUCUUCGGAAUAACAAAAAUAAAAUGACAACUCAGUAUCCAUUUUUGAGUCAUGAGCAGAUUAUGUGUAGGCUACGAUUGCAAUGGAAACGAUUCAAAGAAGAAGAAAAGCAAGUUAAAAGUACUAACGUGCCAAUUCAAAAUGUUGCACGCAAAAAAAUCAUGAGAAGUCAUUUUUCCAUUGAAAAAUAUGCACUAUUUAUUGAUGAUUUUUUAAAAGAUGAUAACAGUUCCAAUUUGAAAAAUGAUGACAAAAAUAGGUUAACAGAGAAAGCUAUUGAAUUUGAAAAAUCAGAAAGUUAUAACUCUCAGAAGAAGUUGAAACAAACCUAUUCAGGCAAUAGUUCCAAUGUUAAACAUAAAGUUCCUCAACUUCUUAUACAAGAUUCCAAAAUUGAUGAUCAGUGCCAAAUUGGAAUCUUAAAAUGUGCUAGAAGUCAAUUCCAGAAAUCCAAGCAAAGUUUAGGAAAAGUGUCUUUCUCAUCUCAGAAAAAUAUAAGUAAUAUUGACUUUGAAGAAACUGAUGAAUUAGAAGAGUUACACACUGAAAAUGCAAGAAAUGCUAAUUUUAAGAAAUGUAACUCACUGGAGGGGAAAAAGGCAAUAUCAAUUGAUUCACCUGGUAAAAACAAGAAGACAAAACGGAAACAAAACAAACCAGCAAAAACAUUUAAAGGUAAAAAACCAUUGCAGUUUGAAGUCAAACAGUCAUCCUAUGAAUCUGAUUUUGGUGAGUUUGAGGGAGAACAUGAAAUAAAAAACACUGCAAAUGAAUUUGUUGAGCUUAAACCUAUUCACACAGAUAUUUCCAAUAAACAAAGUGGGUACAGUUCUCAUAUUGCAUUUGAAGCUAAUGAAAAUGCUGAUGGAAUUUCAGAAGACAUUUGUAGAAUGGAGAUUGAUGAUGGUAAUGAAGAUUUCUAUGAUUAUGAUGAAGAUAAUGAAGAAGAUGCAGUUCUGUUGGUUAGGUCUAGUGAUUUCCCUUACCAUGAAGGAAUGAAUGAACAUACAAACUUAAAUAUGGACUGUAUAAAGAAGAAAAUGAAUUUGAAUGUAAGUAUAAAUUCACCAGUUAUAGCUAAAGAUUCUAUUAAAAAACAAGUUCAGAAGAGGGAAAUCUCAGAGAAACUGAUUGCAAAAUCAAGAAGAAAUAAUGCUUGUACAAAAAGGUUUGAAGAUUUAAGUACAUCCACCCCAUUGACUGAAGUAAAAAAUCCAGACAUUUCAACAAGACGAAGAUCAGAACGAUUAAGUCUUCAAUGUAGUGGCUCAACCAAAAAUUUACCAUCUGAAAAUGAAAACACCAGAAAGUUAUCUACAGAUUUAAAGAAGAAACAAUUAAGAAACACAAAACGCAAAGACUUAGUCCCUGUUAGAAAUCCCAAAAUUGUAUCAGAUUUUCUCGAUGAAGUCAGUGAAAGAGAAAGUAGCAGAAACACAAGUCAAAUAUCUGAUAUGGAGGUAUCUGAAAAUGAAAACACCAGAAAGUUAUCUACAGAUUUAAAGAAGAAGCAAUUAAGAAACACAAAAUGCAAAGACUUAAUCCCUGUUAGAGAUCCCAAAAUAGUAUCAGAUUUUCUAGAUGAAGUCAGUGACAGAGAAAGUAGCAGAAACACAAGUCAAAUAUCUGAUAUGGAGGAAUCUGCUUUCAGAAGACAGAAUAUUAUUGGUCGUAUGUUUCAAGAGGUACCACAGAGCAAGCGGUGUGAUGUUACUCCAGCUAAACGAAGAUUGCUGGCCAGUAAUAACAUGAAAACUCCAAGUAACUUUCACUAUUUAUUUGAUAAUCAAGAGAUUUUUCUUUGAUAGAAUUAGUGAUCAACUAACUCCAGCAAAAUACAAUUCAUAAAUUGUGUAUACAUUUGGUUAAUUUGUUAAUUUAUUUAUUACUUUUUGUUGAAUACUGCAGUGUUUUAGUUUGUUUUAAGUACAUCCUAAAUAAGCACAUGUUUACGUUUUGGAAUGGUAUUUAUCAAUUUGUAAAAAUCAUUGACUAAUGAAACAGUUGUUUUGUUUCAUAAAUA